UCUCUAUCUCCUGACCUCGUGAUCCGCCCGCCUUAGCCUCCCAAAGUGCUGGAAUUACAGGCGGAGCCAACGAGUCCGGCCUACUCUGCUUUUCUAAAGUGGAAUUAUCUUCCUCUGAAACGUUUCUCCUUUAUUUUAAAUCACCAUUAGUAAUUUGUGUACCCAAACCUGUCAUCGAGGCUUAUCUUUAACCUUGAAAAUCCCUUUUUAAAGAUAACCCCUUUAAUUCCCCACAUUAGUUGAGUCUCAUUCUUCCGCACGCAAAUAUUUAAAAAUAAGUAAUUUCAAGAAGUCAGUCAAACUCACAAAGCUUUAACAAGGUGGCAUCUACCUUGGAAGUCAAGUGUUCAAGGCCGCAGUCGGGACAUCCAAGAGCUCUUUACAUCCUAAUUACAACACCGAACCCAGACUCACUGCAUACCCCGUCCCGUAUGUAAUGCAAAACUUGAUUCUGCAAGUUCCUUUCUCAGGCGGUGAAACUUCCAGGUCCUCUCCAUGGAGACCUCUGAUAAAUGUUUAAGCAGUGAUCCUUUCUUUCUCGUUUGCCUCCAUUGCAACGCCUCCACUGAUGGGAAAAACUACUCCCUCCUGCGGGGUGGCAGUGACGUCAACGAAUUAGCUGACCUGUUUUUUCGGGCUUCGCGGACCUAGGAGUCCCGAAGGCCGAGAGUGAGUGAGUGGGAGCAGGGAGGCUGCGGCUCCUCCUGUCCGGGGCGGAGCCCUGCGUCGCGGGCCUGGGCAGCCCCGCCAGCAGCCUGGUCGUCUGGGUCCCGAGCGGCGCUGCAGCCACCCAGCCCUCAGGCGAGCGAGUGGGUGUGUGCGUGGGGGGUCGGCCAAACUUCCUGUCCCGCGCUCGAGCUGCUUCCGGCGGGAGCCGGAAGACGCUGUGUGUGGACGGAAUUCGGGACCGAGAGACGGCCGGCCGGCUGCCCGGAACUGGAAGGUUUGAGAUGCUGUUGGAUGUACAUACAUGUGGAGAUACCUAGCAAGCAGUUAGAAAUGAAGGUUUGGAGUUCAGCAGAGAUGACUAGAGAAAAAUGUUAAAUUGAUUACCCACCUAGUACAACAUCUUACAGGAAGAGCAUAGUAUUUCCUAGAGGAAUAUGAACAUAACAGGAAGGUAUCAUUGGCUCUGAAUUCAAUUUGAACUUGUCCCCUGAAUAGCUACAGGUUUUGGAAGCUGAAUCAAUGUUAUCAGAUGAGUUAGAAUCCAAACCAGAGCUCCUGGUACAGUUUGUUCAGAAUACAUCCAUCCCAUUGGGACAGGGGCUUGUAGAAUCAGAAGCUAAAGAUAUUACUUGUUUGUCCCUCCUUCCCGUGACUGAAGCCUCAGAAUGCAGUCGGCUAAUGUUACCAGAUGAUACUACAAAUCAUUCUAACUCCUCCAAGGAAGUCCCUUCCUCAGCUGUUUUGAGAAGCCUUCGGGUGAAUGUAGGUCCAGACGGAGAGGAGACGAGAGCUCAGACUGUACAGAAAUCCCCGGAGUUUUUGUCCACUUCAGAGUCUUCUAGCUUGUUGCAAGAUCUACAGCCAAGUGAUAGCACUUCUUUUAUUCUUCUUAACCUAACAAGAGCAGGUCUGGGCUCUUCAGCUGAGCACUUAGUGUUUGUACAGGAUGAGGCAGAAGAUUCAGGGAAUGAUUUCCUCUCCAGUGAGAGCGCAGACAGUAGCAUUCCAUGGUUCCUCCGGGUUCAAGAGUUGGCCCACGACAGUUUGAUUGCUGCUACUCGUGCACAACUGGCAAAGAAUGCAAAAACCAGCAGCAAUGGAGAAAAUGUCCACCUUGGUUCUGGUGAUGGGCAACCAAAAGAUUCUGGGCCCCUUCCUCAAGUGGAAAAGAAGCUCAAGUGUACAGUUGAAGGCUGUGACCGGACAUUUGUAUGGCCAGCUCACUUUAAAUACCACCUCAAGACUCAUCGAAAUGACCGCUCCUUCAUCUGUCCUGCAGAAGGUUGUGGGAAAAGCUUCUAUGUGCUGCAGAGGCUGAAGGUACACAUGAGGACCCACAAUGGAGAGAAGCCCUUUAUGUGCCAUGAGUCUGGCUGUGGUAAGCAGUUUACUACAGCUGGAAACCUGAAGAACCACCGGCGCAUUCACACAGGAGAGAAACCUUUCCUUUGUGAAGCCCAAGGAUGUGGCCGUUCCUUUGCUGAGUAUUCUAGUCUCCGAAAACAUCUGGUGGUUCACUCAGGAGAAAAGCCUCAUCAGUGCCAAGUCUGUGGGAAGACCUUCUCUCAGAGUGGAAGCAGGAAUGUGCAUAUGAGAAAGCAUCACUUGCAGCUGGGAGCAGCUGGGAGUCAAGAGCAGGAGCAAACUGCUGAGCCACUAAUGGGCAGUAGUUUGCUUGAAGAGGCUUCAGUACCCAGUAAAAACCUGGUGUCUAUGAAUUCCCAGCCCAGCCUUGGUGGAGAGUCCUUGAACCUACCAAAUACCAAUUCUAUCCUGGGAGUUGAUGAUGAGGUGCUUGCUGAAGGAUCCCCACGUUCCCUGUCUUCAGUGCCUGAUGUGACACAUCACCUGGUGACCAUGCAGUCAGGGAGGCAAUCAUAUGAAGUUUCUGUCUUAACUGCAGUAAAUCCACAAGAGUUACUAAACCAAGGAGAUUUAACUGAAAGACGGACAUGAGCGUGGGUGCUGACUCCUGAAAGAGCAGCUCUAUCUGAUCUCAAAAUGCAUAUACUGGGAACAGGAUGCCAUAGCCCACAACAAAACCAUAAUGAAUCUCUGAAGGACAAGACUCUGCUUUUGCCACUCUUCCUCUUUCCUGGUAUAGAAGAUGGAUGUAGCAGAGCUUCUUUUCUAACUACCAUCUGAUCCAGACAAGGAAUGAAGCAAUGACUGUGGGCUGGGAAACUGUACCUACCUCUCUUCCCAAUGCAAAAUUCUGGGAUAGACCAAAAGUGAAUUUGAUUAUGUGUUGGCUGAAGUUCUUCAUUCUGACUGUUGAGGGGAGGUUUUCCUUUGAAGAGUUUUCAUCUCAGAUUCAGCUGUCUUUUCACAUGGGUGAAAUAAUUCCUGCUACCAACAACAGAGCUUCACCAGGAAGUUGAGCUUUCAAGAUGCCUUGUUGCUUUGAAGAAGGGAGUGAUGUCAAUUCUCUUGUUACAUUCUCCCUUUAGCAACCUGAGUAAGAGACUCUGCCACUGGGCUGCAAAAAAAUAAAUUACUUGAAUCUCCCCUUGGCCCAGGCUGAGGUACUAUCUUGUCCUAUACACUUCUACUUGGUCACUUUGCUUUCUUCUUUAAUGGAACAUACAGUAGCAUGUUAAGAGGGAUUUCAUGUUUUUGUUUUUUUAAAGUGAAAAAUUACAUGAUGCAGAGAUUCAGGUUUUCCUUUAAAUAAACAAAACAGCCCAGUCA